AUGGUCAGAAUAGAUAAUUUUAUGCUGAUCAUACUCGAUCAUUUAAUAGUUUUAAUUAAACUAUUUCAUAUUGAUAUAUUCAAAAUUUUGGAAAGAACAGUUAUAAUAAUAAACUAUAAAAUGGAACUUAAGAUUAUGAAAUUCAUUAGAAGAGAAGUUAUUUUAUCUAAACUAAUAAAAAAAUGA